CUAUAGAUGUAGUCGGCUAAUGGGGCCUCUAGCUGUGGAUCUGUUGACAGCUAGACACUGUGUUUAGCCCUGUUAAGUAGCUACAGCCAGCCAGCACUCUUUGGACAGAUCUGAUUUUUGAGUGCAAUAGCAGCGGGACAGCAUAUCAGAUUCAAUAUUUUUUUGCGGAAAUAAGGAGCAGUUAGGGUCUGGUAGAAAAUAAUGCCACAGAUGAAUGGUCUGAAAAAAAAAACUUAUCAGGUCAAGCAUUUUGCUGUGUAGCAACGCCCAUAGGGAUGUAUAAGUCGAAUCGUAUCGAGCGUUUUGCUGCAGCAGGUCUCGAACAAGUGAGGGGCCUGAAGUUGGCCACGGGAUAAACUGCUGGGAGAAAGCCAACUUUGUUUUUGGCCCACAACUGGAGCUGUUUGCUCUGUGAUCUGCUGGGCGUUGGUGCUGCAUUCGAUUUUGCCCUCGUCUCCUCCUCUAUGGUGAAGAGAGUUGCUUUCUUUAACUAUGUGAAAUCACAGUAGUAUAUAGUUACUUUAAAGUGUGGUACGAAGCGGCACCCUCUUUUGGGUUUACUCUUUUCGUUGACGAUGGUCUUAGGGCAUGCAGUGUACGAUUGUAGUUUAUUCGAACUCCUCAGUCUGGACCUGGUUUAUCAGUCUGGACCUGGUUUAUCAGUCUGGACCCGGUUUAUCAGUCUGGACCUGGUUUAUCAGUCUGGACCUGGUUUAUCAGUCCAAAUGGCAGACUGCUGAGGGAAGGUCAAGUUUUGCCAGUGUACCAGACUGCAGUAACAUGUUUUUCUUUUUUUUCUUUCUUCCGGUGGUGGUGCGAGAGUAUGGGGCGGCACCACUUCUUCUGACAACUGCAGUUAGAACAUGUUUUUCUUCUUUGUCUUUCUUCCUGGUGGUGGGGCAAGAGUAUGGGGAGGCACCACUUCUUCUGACAAAUUUAGCCUGCAAGCAACAGGUCCGAACUACUGAUCGCAUUUAUCUGGGACCGGUCUGUUUCUGGACCUGUUCAUGUGUCAUAGGUCGAAACGCUUGGUGAAUGGUCAGGUUUCCUGAAAGAGGUUGGGAUGACAGACAUGCUGCUGCUGUCCAUCGCUUGCAGCGGAGAGGCCUUCAUUUCUGCGCCCUGACUUUGAUGUCCUCCUUCCUUCUCCAGUAAUGUCGCGUGAUGCAGUUCUGUUGUAAGAAAAUUUGGAAGGACGGUGCUGGCAAGUGUGACCGGCGGUGUAUGCUCUCAUAGCAUGAUGCCAGGCGAUGCGCGGCGAUGUGCGUUUCGGGACCGCCUUUCUGUAAAUGGAAGCUUUUCAGGAAUUACUUGCUGCUGGUUUCGGGAACUGCCCGAUAGCAUGAUGCCAGGCGAUGCGCGUUUUGGGACCGACCGCCUUUCUGUCAUUGAAGCUUCUUGGGAAUUACUUGCUGCUGGUUCAGAUGUUGAAGAAUGCGUCCGGCAGACCAUUGGAGGACAUCUAGCAGUGAAGUACCAUCCAGCAAUUGUAAGUUCGGUGGGUGAAUGUGAAGAAAGUACGCAUCUGGUCGGAUAUUCUGGUGGAGUGGAUUUGCUUUGAUUGAUGGCAGGCCUCUUCUAAAGAGGGUCACUGACUGUUCGUCAGCGCAGGUAUUGAUCGUUUGUGAGUUUUUUUAUGCGGGCAUGUUCCGUAAGGAGGAGGAGGAGGGGGAGGAGGAGGGGAGGAGAAAGUGGGGGCGUUAAACCUGGUCCGACGGUAUAUGUUUUAGAAGGGGGAGUUUAAGUGGUGCGUCGGAGAGUGGUGUGGGGAAUGGGCUCUGGUGAGGAGGGGUUGUAUUUUUUUUUCUCUUCUUUUCUUUCGAAGGGGUUGUGUAUUUUGAGUAGGCUGUGUUUGCGUCUCUCUUUUGUGCCAGAGCCUUGUGGCGACACUGGUGAAUCAUGUCUUGUUAUGAGCAAGAGAGGCUGUAGUUUUAUAUAUUAUAAAUAAAUUUAGCUGUACAGAUCAAAUGUCCCGGGCAAGCGUACGCCGUACGGCGCUUGCUGUGGCCAACUUUGCUUGGCAGCUCUGUACGGAUAAUGUUAGGAGGAGAACCGCGCAUGCUGCUUUCUUUCUUUUUUUCUUCGCAUAUCUGGCUUGCAUUUUUUAAUGGCAAGGCGAAGCGGACGGCGAAAUCUUCGCGUAGUUUUUCGACCACGGUUCGAUGGCCCAGUUUUGAAAAAGGCCAAUGCUUGCUGUGAUCGAAGGAAUUCCCGCACCAGCUUUUUCUUUCAAUGUUGGUAAUCUGUUGUGUGUCCUGGCCGCUUGUCAUUUUGACGACAAGUAGGAGCCAGCCGCCGUCUCUAGGGCGUCUGCGAAGCUCUCGCUCCCGUCUUUUUUUUUUUUUUUUUUUUUUUCUCUCUUUCAUCCUCUCUUGUUUAUCUUUGCUUUUCUUCUCUGUUUCCUCUUUUCGGGAAGUCUUCCUGUUGAGACGUAUUUGGCCAGCUUGUGCAUUUCGCAAGGAGCUUUUGAAGAUGAAAUACUGGCCACCAGUCAGGGUAGCACUGUUAGAACAUCUUCUCUGUCUUGUUUUGUCCUGCUUUGUCUUGUUUUGUUGCUGUUGUUGUUGCUGUUGUUGCUGUUGUCGUUUGGUUUUGUUUUUCAUGCGUUUCUCCAUUCAUUGCCGUUAUGUCUUGUUUCACUUCCAUUCGUUCUCGUUGUCAUUUUGUUUAGAACUUUGUUUUUUUUCUUCUUUCCGGUUUUGUUCCCCCCCCCCCCCCCCUUUUGUUGUUGGUUUGUUUCAUUAAUUUCAAAUUCAAAAGCCUUUUGUUUCAUCAGCUGGAUGCAUGCCUGGAACACGUUUUUCUCUUUUCUGGGUAUCAGCUCGCCCACUGUCUACAAAGUUUAUCCUGGGUGUAUUGGAGGAGGGCCCUCUCUGAUGUACAAAUCUUGCUUUUAGUUUUUUUUAUGACGGGCCUUCAUUUUUGCAGCCCAUGAAGUCGCAGUUAGUGGACGGAUUUGACGCAAAUGUAAGUUAGUGGGUAAGUGACCGGGAAUGGCACAGGUGUAUGAAGCGCGAUGUUAUGAUAUUACGAUGUCCGCAGAUGUAUCAGGCUUGGGCGGUCUCACUAUCGACUAUAUUUCUCUGAGGUGACGUGGCUGCUGUAGAAUUCUUCUUCUAGCCAGUCGGAAACCCGACUACCAUCAUCGAUAUACUCUUACUCAGUCAGUAGGAGCACUUUGAAGAUUGCCUGGGUGGUUGAGAGGCUGGUGUUAUGGACUUGGUGAACGUUGGAUCGAGUUUCGGAUCAUCGAGGCUGGGGCACCCGGAAUGCCCGAUAGCUUGCUGGGAAGUUUGCGGGAGCGGUACUGCCGCUGGUGGUUUUAUUUCUGGAGCCAUCGGAAUUCGUAUGUGGUCCCCCUGAGUCGGGCCCCAUUUGAAAUCUGGGUCUGGCCAGCCUCGUUUAAGGCGAGGACGGGCAGACUUUGCCAUAGCAGGGGUCUGCUUGGAAAAGAAGACAGUCUUCUUAAAGCCUUCAGCGUUCAUUUUAUUAAGAUUGUUACUCUCUGUGUCCAGCAGUGUCUUAUCGACAAGAGCCGU